AGUGCGCAAGCAAAUACCCCCUCAGCCGCACGCCCCAUACCGCUCUUGCUCUUGACAUUUUCGAUAGCGACUGCUUCAUCUUUACUGGGAAGAAACGAUGGCGACGACGCAGCACUACGUGUGGGCGGCGGGGCAUUUUGUGCUGCUCGCUGCUGCUUUCAAAUGUCUCUUGUCGUUUGUGAUGUUUAGAGGUGCUUCUCCGUGGUGGUACCGAACUGGAUUCGUCGGCGCGCUCAUCAGUUAUGGGAUAGUUUGCUUAAAGUCCCUCGGGCCUCCUCAACCGAAUGCUGCGUAUAUUAGGCGUGCCAUGAUGGAUGAAAAUGUCCAGUACCUCCUCCUCGCCUUCUUCUGGUGGUCGUCCAAGCCCAUAACCAUCGUCCUGGCGCCCUACGCGAUCUUCUCUCUUUUCCACGUCCUUACCUUCACUCGUACGACUUUGAUGUCCCAAUUCCUGCCCCCCGGUCCUCCUGCCACCGCUGGAGGGGCCCCCACCCCUCACCCUAUCGCUAAGAAGCUACAAGUUUGGGUCAAAGCUAACUACAAUAAGGCUAUGGCCGCCGUGGCUUACACAGAGCUCAUCAUCCUCAUCCGCGUAGUCCUCGGUGCCUUGACCUUCCAAAACUCCCUCAUCACUCCGCUCGUCUACGUCCACUUCCUUCGCCAGCGCUACUACCAGUCGACCUUUACCCGCGAUGCUGUCGCCUUCGCUAACGCCAAGAUUACUGAGUAUGUGCGCAGAGAGGGUACCCCUCCCGUGCUCGGCCAGGUCUGGGAGAAAGUGCAGAUGCUUGUCGGCAGGUGGGCUGGCAGUGUGCUCGCCCCUCAGCAGCCCGCUCCUGGCGCUGCGGCUGCUCGUUGAAAACGUGAGGAAAGAGCGGGCUUGUUGGCGACCGGGUGUCAUUUCGAUGUUCCAUAGCUGAAUGUUUUCUAUGAAGGACAAAGUAGAUUAUGACGUCGGUCUAAAUAUAGUGCGCAAUCCAUUUCUUGUAAUAUGCUGA